ACACUUAACGGCAAAAAUAUAGUACGGCUGCAACAAAAUCGUAAGAUAAGAUAUUUUUACAGCCAUUUUUUUUAAUUAGGAUCAUAUGUGUAACAAUUAUAAAUGUUAAGGAGGUUUCACCGCAAAUAUUCCUUAUAUAUAUUUUUAGAAUUUUGGAGAGACAUGACCCCGUUAUGUAUAGGGUGGCUCCGUGAAAUGAAAAUGAAUUUCUUUUUAUUCCCAUCAACCAAUUAUACAAUCUAAGGUAGCGUUUAGUUGGAAUACUAAUGAAUGAAAACAUAUAAACAUGUAAGAAUGGUAAUAUAAAGAAUAGAAAUGUAACAAAAUCAAAUUUAAAAUGUAUAGAAAAUUUGAUAAAAAGAAAUAAAUUUUUUUCUUAUCUAGUAUUAAAAUAGUAGUCAUGUUAUUAAUUUAAAAAUAAUAAAAUAGUAUAUUCCACUAAAAUAAUGUAAAAAUACUUUAAAAUAUAACCAAACAAAUAAAUGAAAUAAAACGGAGUUUUCCUUUGCAUCUCAUCCCAAUUUUCUUAUUUUAUGUUUGUUAACCAAAAUAUUUAACUAGAUAUAAUAACAACAGUGUGAGAGAGUGAUGAUGAGCCCUUAGUUAUAUAUAUUUGGUUAUAAUCUAGCUCCUCUACCUUGUGUUUGAAGACCCAUAUAUAGUAGGUGAGAGCUUCAAAAACACACUCAAAAACUUUUCUUUAAACCCUUCACAUAGAAAAGCUUAAAUUCCAGUACUACUGCAUCGAUUUUCUUUGAGAAUGAAGGAAACAAGUAGUCAUCAGAAGGAAAAGGAAGAAAUUAGGAGAGAUAUGGGUGGUGGAUCAUCAGAUGAUAACAAGGUGGAUACAACUGAGAAAUUGCCACCGGGUUUUCGAUUUCACCCAACCGAUGAAGAACUAAUCACUUUUUAUCUCAUCAACAAGAUCUCAGAUCCAACUUUUACAGCAAGAGCAAUUGGUGAUGUUGAUCUCAACAAAUCUGAACCCUGGGAACUCCCUGCAAAGGCGAAGAUGGGAGAAAAAGAAUGGUAUUUCUUUAGCCUUAGAGAUCGGAAAUAUCCAACUGGAGUGAGAACAAACCGAGCGACAAACACUGGAUAUUGGAAGACUACGGGAAAAGAUAAAGAGAUUUUUAACUCAGUAACUUCUGAGUUGGUUGGGAUGAAAAAGACUUUGGUCUUUUAUAGAGGAAGAGCCCCAAGAGGAGAGAAAUCUAAUUGGGUUAUGCAUGAAUAUCGCAUUAACUCCAAAUCAGCCUUUAGAACUUCCAAGGACGAAUGGGUAGUUUGUCGUGUGUUCCAAAAGAGCGCGGGUGCCAAAAAGUACCCGACGACAUCAACUCAAACAAGAACGAUGAACCCUUAUGCCCUAAUUGAUCAAACUCAAACUAUGCUUCAAUAUUCAUCACCAAUGAUGCAGCUGCCUGGAGAUCCCACCGGCCACUUCCUCUUUGCGAGAAACAAUUGCAACAACAUCACUAAUAACCCUCACGAACUAGCCGAGCUCUCUAGGGUUCUUCGAGGUACAACAAGUGGAUCAACGAACCCCUUGAACAUCCUUCCUUCUCAAUACAACUACCCCGUUCCCAUCCUCCCCGGGGGAGGAGGAGGAGGAGGAUGCCUCACAAUUUCUGGCCUCAAUUUGAAUCUUGGGGGACCGCCACCUCCACAGGCGCCACCAAUGCAGCCGAAUAACAAUCAUCAUCAGCCACAAAUAAUGAAUUUGAAUCAACAAAACAUAAUGAGUAGUAACAGUGGCUCUUUUGGCCAUCAUGAUCACAAUAAUGGUUAUGGUUCAGAGAUGAACAACGUACCCAACAAUGGAGCUGCUAACAACAAUAGAUCAUAUAUGAACGUAGAUCAUUGCAUGGAUCUUGAGAACUACUGGCCUGCAUAUUAGAUGAUGAUCAUGAGUACGAGAUUAAAAUGGUGUUGCAUUUCUUUUAAUUAAAGUAGUGUUAAGAUAUAUAGGAUAGAUAACCUUGCUUAAUAUUUUCACGUACAAUUAAUUAAGUAGUGCCCCAAGAAAUCAGGGUGUCUUAAUUUGCUUUGUACUUUAGAUUUUAUAUAUUUUAUGUACUUGGUUUUUGAAAUUUGUAUUAAAAUUACGUACUAUAUCAUAUGAGAAAAUGAAUCAGACAAGUUUGAGCUAUUUGCAUUUGUCUAUAGCCGUUUUACAAG